AGGGAGAUUCCCUAAGGUCACAUGCAGAUCUCUCUAAAUUAAUUUAUAAUUAAUGUUUGUUACGGCUUCAAUUCUUUUACAAACGAUGGCAUUUCAGCACAACUUGAUGCACACGCGUUAGAUAAAGGAAGAUCGUUGUUUUCACUAUGCACAACGUCGCUACUGUCUAGAUACGUAUACGACUAGGUACUAGAAACCGAUAAUUGCAAGGUGUGAAGUACGCGGUACCGAUGCUGCAGUAGAUACAUGCAUGCCUGAGGAUGACAGAACGAUCAGAAUAGAAAUGACGCAAGAUCUAGUUGGUACCUUCCCUCACCUGUUGCCUAGGUAUCAUGCAUUUCAAUUAAGCAGAAUGUGCUCCCCUUCAUCCUUAUAAAAGAGCCCCUCUCCAAACGCAAACAUCAAUUGCUUUGAGCUGCUCUAGGCCGGUGUGUGUAAACGAAAAUGACUACGUUGAAGAGUGCGUCUCUGGUGCUUGUGUUCUCUCUGUUGUUCUCCACACUGUCAGGAGCUCUACCCUGUGCUUUCCCUAGCGGUUAUCUCUCCAACGAUGACAUCGAGGUAGUACUUGAAGACGGUGUUGCGAAGUACAGCUGCAAGAACAAAACGCAUUAUGAAAUCGACGGUCCGAAGACGAAAACUUGCAACGAGUCAAAUGGAAUCUGGACACCUAAAGAAAGUCCCCGUUGUGUUCUAGUCUGUAUCUCUCCAAUAUCAAAUUCUACGUACAGAUCCAACGAGUCUUUUUACUUGGACGCUACCAACUGCAAAUAUUCUUUCUCUGGUUAUGGUAAAUCGAGAAGGAAGCAGACAGAAGAAUACAUUUGUCAAAACGGGACGUGGAAUAAACCCAUUCCAAAACCUUGCGACUGCAAUGUCUGUACUGCGCCUCGUCGACAGAUGAUGAAUGCUCAACUUAUAAGAGUGUCUUCAAAAUGCAUUAGAAAUAGAACGAAAGCCUACUAUGCGUGCACUACAGCUGGUCUAGGAGCAAUUCAGGUUUGUCUCAAUGGAGAGUGGAGAUGGAAAAGCUCUCCGCCUCAGUGCACCAACAUUUCGUGCAACGCAAACGACCUACCACCUGGAGUCGUAAUGAGAUCGAAAACGCCAACAGGAUAUGACAUCACAAACUUUGUUUUCAACAAAGGAGCGACAGUGAAGCUCGAAUGUCAAGAACGCAAGUUCAUCAUACGUGGAAGCAAACGUGCCCUUUGUACCAAACGUGGAUGGAAGUAUGUGAGAAAACCUCAGUGCAAACCGAAGAGAAACAAGUCAGACAGACAAGCGGUAACGGAGAAAAAAACCACAAGUUAAGGAUUGAGACACAUGGCAUGUGCGAUGAUUAUUCAUAUCGUAGCUAUGUAGAGCUUCGCUGUUAGUGUCUUAGCAAUUAUCUACAGAUAUAUGGUGGUAUGUAGCCAGAGAGACGCGGUACCGGUACCGUACGCGUACGUUAGUGCAUUGUAGUCUGCAUUGUAGUAGUCAAUGUUGCUAAGCAAUACGACAAUAUUUACUUCA